AUGCAUUUGAUACCGGCUUCAAUCCCGGUUCUCAAGGAACUAUCCGGCAUUUCUGCGCAUGAUGGUAGGCGCCCGGACGGAUGCACACUAAUACCUUGGAGAGCCAAUAGAUGUUUGGCGUGGGAUGUUACGGUCCCUGGCAUCCUUGCCAAACGAUAUGUAAACCUGACAAGUAAAGAAUGCGAUUUGGCCGCGGCCAGGGCAGCGGACGAGAAAAUGAAAAAAUAUGGGAACGCCCUCCCCUCGAUGGAAUUCUUGCCAAUAUGUAUCGAGGUUCUUGGCCCGAUGGACCCCAACACCCUUAAAUUUCUUAAGGCAAUAUGUAAAAUGAUCAGCGUCAGAUCAGGCGACAGCAGGGAACUGUUUUUCGCAACUAACCACAUUUCGUGCUUGUUGCAGCGGUUCCUGCGUGUCUGUGUGCUUGAAAAUAUCCAACUGAAUGCCGACAUGUGCAAUUAA